GCGGGGAAUCACUGCUUGAUCCUUCGGAUUGGAGCCUGGACCCUCGUCCGUGAGUCGACCUGUCCCCGUUCAUAUAGUCAUUGGCUAUCCGCCCUGCUGCUUCUUCCACCUCCCUUCCCACUUAACUGCCGGGCUCGCUCCCCAACCACCUCUCAACGGUGAGCCGACUGUCAGUUCGACAUACAAGACCUGGACGUAAUACGUCAACCGCAUAUCGCCUACUCGCCAACACACACGGCCAAACAUGUCGACCAAACCUACGUUGAGGGUGUCGACGCCCCUCACCGCAAACUUCCCUCACAUACCACCAUCUGGUACGGAGCUACGUUCGGCCGUCUCGCUCCCCUCUGCUGUCUCUUCUAAUACUCCUUUGUCUGCUAUCUCACGGACAUCGGCCUUCCGGGAUCCCAUUCCUUCCUCUGGCCUACCUUCGGCCGGACUGCCUUCAGCAGGGCCGUUCAGCGCCACCAUCAAGCUUGAGCAUGACUUGCAGAAGACCCCCAUAACCCCGCCCGUGGCCUACCUGGACUUCCUCAAGGGCAUGUCACUCGUCUCGCCGAGCAUCGCUUCCCCCCCGCAAACAGGGAAGUCGGCCCUCAACCGAACAAGUACGGCCAGCAGCACACGCAGCAGCGGCAGCACUACGAGCAACACCUCAACGGAGUCGGGAGAUUCCGAGAAGGACAAGGGCGAGCAGGUCGAGAGCGCUCCGUCAACAGCACGGUCCGAGCUAAGUUCCGAGUCCCAAGAGGAGGACAGGGAAAGGACAAAGAGCCCGAAACCGACGCCGAUCGACACGAAGCGGCAGCAUACGCCUACCGGCACGAAGUGCCCAAUGUCCGCUCCGGCUGUCGGGCCCACAGUGUUUCCUAGCAUGAAGCUGCCCGCGUCACCCGCCCUGUCCACUGCAGGUCUCUACUCGCCAAGGUCGCCGCUCAGCGCCGCGUCGGUAAAGUCGCCCUUCGACUGGGAGGCGGCCCUCAAGUCGAGGAGGUUCGCCGAGGCGUCCGGCACGAAACGCCCGGCAGCGCCCUCCGAGGCGCCCGGGGCUCCAGGGCACCCCAAGAGGGAGUCAAGGUCGAGCAUACGACAUAUCCGCGAGGUCGUCACGAGGACGGUCACUUAUACCCCGCGGAUGGCGCCCGCGCCCAAGGGCAAGAGGCGAAAGAUUGACCCGGAGACGGCAGUCAAGUCAUGAACUUGCGUUUGAUGGAAGGAUGGGCGGGGUUCUUGGUUUGGCUUGGGAUAUGGGAGCCGCGUACAUAAUAGCUAACUACCACGGUGCUGGAUGCCGCCUAAGCCGCUACCGACCACAACAAUAACACCAACAAGAACCACGCACACACACUCGCACUGGCCGAGCAGAUCGGCUCUGAAACAUUUCUUUUGUUUAAACAUCACCAUGACCACACGGGAACCGCAAAAGGAGACAGGCCGGAAAGAGAGGAGUUGAUGGCUCAAAGUUUCAUGAUUUUGCCAGGCGAAGGCACUUCGGAG